AUGUUUUCUGAAGAGGAUAUUAAGCUAGAAACGAAUAAUGGUGUUAAAAGAAGUGCAAAAUUUAAAUCAGAAGUUAUAAUUAAUCCAUUUCUACGCGACAAAAAUUAUUGGGAUAAAGAGAAUGAGUUGUUUGAUAAAAUAAAGACAGCUAUUUUGACAGUUCUAUUAGUGCCCAUUCGCAUUGUUUGUAUGUUCUCGUUGUUGCUUCUUGCUUGGUGCUUUGCAUAUAUUGGAAUUUAUGGAUAUUCACGUGAAGAUUUAAAACUUAAGCCACUCAAAGGAUGGAGACGGAAAUUAAGGACAUUGGUAGGCUGGAUAUUUCGAGGAAUGUAUGUUGUUGGCUCAGCUCAUUAUGUUAAGAUUAAGGGAAAGAGAGCAGAUCCAAAGGAUGCACCUAUUUUAUUAGGUGCCCCGCACACAAGCUUCUUUGAUUCAUUAACUGUUGUAUUGUCCGGACCGUCAUGUGUUGUUGGAAAAGUUGAAGCUGGAGAUAUUCCACUAUUCGGAAAACUCAUUGAUAUGGCACAGCCAAUUUAUGUGAAUCGAGAAGAUCACAAUUCUCGACAAUCGACAAUUCAAGACAUUUUGAAUCGAGUAAAAUCCAAUGAUGACUGGCCACAGACAAUGAUAUUUCCAGAAGGAACCUGCACAAACAGAACAAGCUUAAUACAAUUUAAAUGUGGAGCUUUUUAUCCUGGAUUGCCUAUUCAGCCAGUAUUAAUUCGAUAUCCAAAUAAAGUCGACACAUUCACAUGGACAUGGAGUGGUCCGGAUGUCAUGAUGCUCAUAUGGAGGACUUUAGCACAGUUCCAUACAUUCGUUGAAAUUGAGUAUUUACCAGUUUAUGUACCCAACGAUGAGGAAAAGAAAGAUCCAAAGCUUUACGCCAAAAAUGUUCAAAGGCUGAUGUCAAAAGAAUUGAAUAUUCCAACAUCUGACUACACAUUCGAUGAUUGCAAGUUGAUGGAAAAUGCAGUUAAAAGUAAAUUAUUGUUUGCGGAACAACUUUCCGACGUCCAGAGAUUCAGAGAAAAAAUUGGACUUGCUCAAUCACAAAUUGAAGAGUAUAUUGUUAAGGAGAAUUUUAAAGGCAAUGAGGACUAUUAUUUGGAGUUUAGCGAAUUUGUGCAGCGACUGAAAAUUCCAGCAGAUAAUACAUCAUAUACAUUAUUUAAGUUCUUUGUUGGUGCAAGUGAUAUUGGAGAUGUGAUUGAUUUCAAAGAGUAUUUAUUACAUGCCCUGUUCUUGAUUAAGUAUUCAGAAGCUAAGAUUGAGCUCCUCAAAAUGAUGUUUAUGUUGUAUGGAGAGUCUGGACGUCUUCAGCGAGAACCUUUCGUUAAUAAUGUUAUGAAACAUUUUGUAAAAAUUAAAGCAGACCAGCUAAACAAGUUAUUUUACUCUUUAGAUGUGAAUAAUGUAGGAUCUAUAACAUUUAAUGAUUUUUACAAUGCAACAAAGGAUGAUAAGAAAUUUGCAGUACUUUAUAAGCCAAAUCAGAACUUUCGUCAGAGACACAAAGAUUCUCAGUAA